AUGCAGUCCGGGUCCGGCGAGCAGGCGCCCGAGCCCGAGCCCGCCGCCGUGAGGGAAGCGGCAGCACCGGCGGUGUUAGUGGCGACGGAGCCUACUGCCCUUGUCGGCGUCGGCGACGAGGCAGCCGAAGCUGCGGCGGGGGAGGCGCCACAGGUUCAGGAAGCAGCAGAGGCCUCCUCGCCGGUGGAUGGAGGCGCCGGCGGUAGGAGCCCGAGCCCGGCCCCGGUGUCGCCGUCCGCGUUGAAGGAGCGGCAGAUCCCCGUGGACCCGGCGUCGCUGCGCCGCCUGGGCAUGGUGGCGGAAGAGGACUCGCCGCUCUCGGCGCCGUCCGUGCUCACGGAGGUGGUGGCGCGCUCGUCCCCGCUCCUGCCGCCGCUCCGCCGGCCCACGUUCGUCGGCGCCAGCCUGCCGUGCUCCGCCGCCUCCUCGCCGGUACACGGCGCCGGCGGCGGCGCCAAGUGGGAUGCCGCCGCCCACAGCCCGACCUCCGCGCUGCGCUCCCUCGCGCGGCAGCACUCCGCCGCGCUCGCCAGGCUCGUCGCCGGCGCCGCGCCGCCCACGCUGUCGAGGUCCGCGUCGCGCGCCGAGGGGAGGACCAUGGCGCAGCACGACGACGUGGAGCCGCCCGGAGAGCCGGAGAAGCUGCUCGCCGUCGACGAGGACGGCUUCACGUGCGGCGCGCUGUGCAUGCUCAUCCCGGGCUUCUCCAGGAAGAAGCCCGCCUUCGCCGCCGGCAGGGCCGUGUCGGGCGUGCAGAGGCAGCCGUCCGGAUUGCGGCCUCGCCGCAGCAGCGCGUCGAGGGUGGCGUCGCUGGAGCGGUUCGAGUGCGGGUCGUGGAGCCCGCCGCCGCCGCCGCCGGCCGACUGCCUCGCGACGGAGGUGGCCAAGACCAGCUGCGCCAACGCGGACGACGACGCGGAGGCGCCGGUCAAGAUGGCGUUCGUGUUCGACGGCGGCGAGCCUCCCGCGGCGACGAGGGGGAUACUGAAGAACUCGGCGUCGUCGCGGCUGGACUCGUCCAGGCCCUCGACGUCGUCUCAGCGGCACGUGGGGUUCUCGACGGCGGCGGCGGCGUCGGCGUCGUGCCCGACGUCGCCGUGCAUCACGCCGCGCCUGGCGAGGGCCAGGGCGGAGUUCAACGCGUUCCUGGAGGCGCAGAGCGCGUAGCUGCCUGCCGGAGCGUUUCGUCUCGGUGGAUGGCAUGGCCAUUUGUUUCCCCUGCCUCGACCUUCUUCGAUUUUGUUUCUCUUAGCGCAAGCGCAAGGACAUCCCCUGUGUAUGGGAUUCAAAUGUGUCCAGCAGUAGCACAUUAUGAGGGAAACAAAUGGUCGUGCAAGGUUCCGAUACUGGCCAGGUUUAUUAGUUCUGAAAAAUCCAUGCUAUGCUCUGCUGAUAUUAUUGUAGC